GUCCUAAAAAUGAAGACAGCGCAGUUUUAAUUGGUGCUGAGUGUGCGCGUGUACGUGGUGUGGGCGCGUGCCACACUAGGAGAGUGACGCAACAGUCAACCGACCUCGAGCGCUUUAUCCCGCUAGCAACCAAUCUUCCAGGGUGAGCUGCUAUGGGGAAGGAGAAGCUCCACAUAAACAUCGUGGUAAUUGGACAUGUCGACUCCGGCAAGUCCACCACCACUGGCCACCUCAUCUACAAGUGUGGGGGCAUUGACAAGAGAACCAUCGAGAAGUUUGAGAAGGAAGCUGCCGAGAUGGGAAAGGGUUCCUUCAAAUACGCCUGGGUGUUGGACAAGCUGAAGGCAGAGCGCGAGCGUGGCAUCACCAUCGACAUCUCUCUUUGGAAGUUUGAGACCAGCAAGUACUACGUCACCAUCAUCGAUGCUCCGGGACACAGGGACUUCAUCAAGAACAUGAUCACCGGCACUUCUCAGGCCGACUGUGCCGUGCUGAUCGUGGCUGCGGGUGUGGGUGAGUUUGAAGCUGGCAUCUCAAAGAACGGGCAGACUCGUGAACACGCCCUCCUCGCCUACACCUUGGGAGUAAAGCAGCUCAUCGUGGGCAUCAACAAGAUGGAUUCCACUGAACCCAACUACAGCCAGAAGCGCUACGAGGAGAUUGUGAAGGAAGUCAGCACCUACAUCAAGAAGAUCGGUUACAAUCCCGACACCGUGGCUUUUGUGCCCAUCUCUGGCUGGAACGGAGACAACAUGCUGGAACCCAGCCCUAAUAUGACCUGGUUCAAGGGCUGGAAGAUCAACCGUAAAGAUGGUAACGCCUCAGGCACCACACUGCUGGAGGCUCUCGAUGCCAUCCAGUCUCCCACACGCCCCACAGACAAGCCCCUCCGUCUGCCUCUGCAGGAUGUCUACAAGAUUGGAGGCAUUGGGACUGUACCAGUGGGCAGAGUUGAGACAGGAGUCCUAAAACCUGGCAUGGUGGUGACCUUUGCCCCUGUCAAUGUGACCACUGAGGUCAAGUCUGUGGAGAUGCACCACGAGGCUCUGACUGAGGCGCUGCCCGGUGACAACGUGGGCUUUAACGUCAAGAACGUGUCCGUCAAGGACAUUCGCCGUGGCAACGUGGCUGGAGACAGCAGGAGCGACCCGCCGCAAGAGGCAGCCAGCUUCACCUCUCAGGUGAUCAUCCUGAACCACCCUGGUCAGAUCAGUGCCGGCUAUGCCCCCGUGCUGGACUGUCACACCGCGCACAUCGCAUGCAAGUUUGCAGAGCUCAAAGAAAAGAUUGACCGCCGCUCUGGUAAGAAGCUUGAAGACAACCCCAAGUUCCUGAAGUCUGGAGAUGCCGCCAUCGUCGACAUGAUCCCCGGCAAGCCCAUGUGUGUGGAGAGCUUCUCUGAGUACCCUCCACUUGGGAGGUUUGCGGUCCGUGACAUGCGUCAAACCGUGGCGGUGGGCGUGAUUAAAGGCGUGGAAAAGAAAGCUCCCACCAGCGGUAAGGUCACCAAGUCCGCACAGAAGGCGCAGAAGGUCAAAUGAACGUUGUGCUGGGCUGCUGCCCCCAACGCUCCCCGUGGCCGACGAUACACUAGCACCCUGCACCUUCUGCACACCAUAGUCAGCGUCUGGUCUAUUAUCACAAUGCAUCGCAAAAGCAGGCGAAGGAAAAAAAAUAACUUCCACACUGUUAGUGAUUCACAUGUUACCAUACUAUUCUAUGUAGAUUUUAUUGUCACUUAGUUGGUGGCAAAACAACUUUAGCGUUAUAGCUCUCUGGUUGUAUCCUGUUGCAGUUAGAAUUAGACAAACUUAGCCGCUUAGCACCAGUAAUAAGGCAGAGAUGUUCUUUUACCAGGUCUUUGUUGAAGUGAUGCUCUGUGUUCUAGCUUUUAAAGAGAUAUGCCAACUAGCCAGAGUGACAUUGGCUGCUUGCAUGUUCCCUGUUUGCACCUUACAGAAACAAGCUUGAGAAGCUCUUUGUGUGUUACCUGAAAUCUUCACGCCUAGCACUUAAGCAAACAGUAGCUCUGUUCAAUGUUCCAGUUACUGUUGAGUUCAUGCACCUUAAAUCAC